AUGGAUUUUUGUGGAAAGAAACUUACUGAUGAGGAAAUGAUUCAGAAAACCCUAUCGACCUUUCCUACCUAUUCCAUGAUACUAGCAAACCAGUAUCGUUUAGAGGUAGAUAACAAAAGAAUCACCACAUUAAGUAGGUUGAUAAACUUACUUCAAGUGGCCGAAAGGCACAAUGAGAUUCUUGUCAACAACAGUGCCAGAGCUGCCGGGAAAAAGAAAGUUCCCGAAGCUAACCAUGGAAAGGUCAACAAAGGAAAGAAGGCUCGAUAUUCUGAUUCACAUCCCCAUGAUCCAUACCCAUGUGGAGAUAACACCUCUCGUGGAAGAGGACGUAAGGGACAUAAUCGAGGUCGAGGGAAAAAUAGACUUUAUAAUGUUUGGCACAAAGAAGGAACUUCUGGCCAUAGUGGUAGUGAUCCUAAGUUCGAUAAAACCCCUACGAAUCCCGCCACUAAAAAGGCUGCAGAUGGAAGUGCGCCUUGUUUUAAGUAUGGAUUCACCGAACAUUGGUACAAGCAUUGCAAGGCUAGCGCCAAUGUAGCUGCGAGCUACAAAAAGUACCGAGAAGCUAUCGAACAAGAGGCUAACUACGCAGAAGAAAAUAUUGUUACCCCUGAUGCUAACCUCACAAUCUCAUAUUUCUUUGGAAACGAGGAUUUUUCCCCAACAAUGGAUGUUGACUUUUCUUGGGCCUAA